UGAUGACACGAUGCUAAGCUAUCAAUUCGAAGGGGAAUACGUGGCUGGAUCAAUGCAUUUCCUCUCUAGAAGCGAGACGUCAACAAGCCCAACAUUCCACUUGAGAGCAGUCUCGGUGGUUGUGAAGGUCGAUUAAAGACAGGGAUGGCGGAUCUUGCGGAUCAGCGCGGUCAUCAGCCGCUCUCUGAUUGGCCAACUGAGACCCACCCAACCGGCAGUCAGAUUUGGGAAGACCUUUCGAGGUGCAAAUUGGAAAGAUAACGCGCGUCCAACAGCAUCAACUCUGCGGCGACGACAUGGCGAAUUGCUUCAGCCCAACUCCCUCGCUCAUGGCAAGCUGAAGCUUGCUUGGGGGUAUGCAGCAAGAAAAUGCUGCCAGAACCCAACAUCACCUUUACGGUGCCGAGUCUCCACGACGCCCUCGACAUCGACUGUCGUGUCUACCACCCCGAGUCACUCGCGCCCACGUCUGAUGCCGCCCAAUGGAAGAAACACGCCGCCAUCUUUGCACAUCCCUAUGCACCUCUGGGCGGCAGCUUCGAUGAUCCCGUAGUGGGAAUCGUUGCAAGUGCCCUUUUGCGGAUGGGCUUCUUGGUUACGACCUUCAAUUUCAGAGGGGCUCAUGGAUCGGCUGGAAAGACUUCCUGGACGGGAAAGGCAGAACAGGCCGACUACAAGUCAGUGAUAGGCUUCGUCACCCAUUACGUUCAUUGCCUGAACCCAUAUCCGCAUAUUACUCUCCGACGGUCCCAUUCUGAAGUUCGCGAGAACGAGGUCGAACUGGAAGGCAGAGUUGCAGCCAAGAUUCAGCUUCAGCCGCCCACUCCUGAGCCAACAUUGAUGGAAGCAACCCCUCUUUCUGCUGCCAGCACGAAGCCUGUUCUUUUGAUGGGCGGUUAUUCGUACGGCUCUAUGAUCACUGCUCAACUACCGGAAAUCGAACCGGUUAUGGCUUUAUUUGAGACACCUGAAAACGGAACGCCGGCUGCUGAGAUCCGAUUGAGGGCAGAGCAUCUCGCCGAGAAGCAGAACACAACUUUGGCUGACCUGCGCGCCGACUUUGUGGACCGCCAGCACGCCGGAUCGCCGCGGCGGACUGGGGGGCUCCGUGUUGGCGGCAUCGAGGAUAUUCAUAGGCCCCAUGAGCCGCGACGUUCACUGUCCGUCGAGCUUGAGGAGAGAAUACGGCACGGGAUUGAAGAGCUCAUGGCCAAAACCAAGAAAGGACCCAAGGCAUCCCAACUGACCGAGAUUAGGGACGGUGAUGGUCCAAAUUCCACUCGUGAUGCAGCCUGUUCAACCUUGAAGCAUGCCGGUACAGAUCACCUGCCCCCUAUCAUAGGACGAACUCAGUAUCGACCGGCAUAUCUUCUGGUGUCACCUCUUCAGGGCAUAGUUACAAACUUCAUUGCCAUGUCGGUCCCUACGCCAAUUUCCAGCCUUGCUCGGAAGGCCUGGAAUCGGCUCCCAGCCAAGCCUGGCAAAAAACCUGCUAUGUCGCCAGAAGCUCCAAAGCCAAUUGUAGACAACCCGGAGAAUAAGUUGACCCAACAUGACAGUCUGGUAGUAUACGGCGACAACGAUGUCUUUACGCCCGUCCGAAAGCUCAGGGCUUGGACUGCCCGGUUGCAGGCGGUACCCAACUCCAAGUUUCGAGGUGUUGAGGUGUACAGUGCAACGCACUUCUGGGCACAAGCGAAGGUCGCCCAAACCUUGCGCGAUGCUGUCAUCGUGUUUGCCCAGUCUCUGCUCGCUGAAACAUGAACCACUGGAUCUCAUUGACCAUCAAGUACAAAUGCCAAAAGCCUAUCAAAACACGGGAACAGGAACACCACCAAACCCAAACCUCAUGCGCCUAGUGCAUACUCUACAAACUACGGAGUGCGAAGAUUCUGUUGUUCACUGCCUUCUGCGUCACAGGGCACUCAUGGCUCAACCACUCCCAAGCAUGGGGCACGCCUGGAUAGAGAUGGAACUCGACGUCCACCUUGCCCGCGAGCAGCUUGGCGCCAAAGGCAUUCACCUCGUCUUUGAACAAGUCCAACCCUCCAACAUCAAGAUAAGUCGGCGGCAACCCAGACAGAUCCUCAGCCCUUGCCGGCGCUGCAUACACGCUCGCGUCAGGACUACUCACAGUUCUGGCACCGGCACCGCCCAAAUAAGCCCGCCAGCCGAUUUCGUUCUUUUUGUUUGUCCAUGUCAGAUACUCGUUCAGCGGAUGGUCCUCCCCGAUGCGCGUUCUGUCAUCGAGCAUGGGGUAUAUCAACACCAGCUUCUUGAUGGCGGGCACAAACUUCUUAUCGCGAGCCUCGAGUGCCAAGCCAGCGGCCAGACCACCCCCGGCGCUGAUUCCCAUAACACCAAUUCUCUUUGGAUCGAUGUUCUGUUCUUGUGCAUUGUCGCGGAGGAACUCCAAGGCAGCGUAGGCAUCUUCCAGCGGUUUUGGGAAAGGGGCCUCGGGAGAGAGCCGAUAAGCGGGAGCAUAGAAGGUCAGCCUUGUCUCGGCCGCAUAGCGGAUGAUGUCUUUUCUGAAGGAUGUAACCGAGCCGGAGACAAAGCCACCUCCAUGGAGAUAGAGGACGCAAGGACGUCCAGCUGGUGCCGGUGUUGAUGAAGAUGCUGGGGGGUCGAAGCGGUGGAGUUUGAGCUCAGUGCCGUCGGCCGACUUGUAUGAGAGUUCUGUUUCGGCAACUCUGCUUCUCGCCGGGCAGGGGAAGAGGCUCAUGACGGUGUUGAUCAUGAAAUCAUUCUGCUUGCGGAGUGAUUCAGCGUCAGUUGGGACGGGUGGUACAUAUGAUGCAUAGGGUGCUAUGGCCCUGGCAUAGUCGGCGUCAAGACUGAGCUUUUGGUCGGAAGACAUGUUGGAGAUGUUUGGCUUCUGGAAGAGAAGGUACUUUUCAGAAACAAGAGCGAUUUUCAUCUCCUACUUUCAACCUAUAUAUGCAUAUAUUCAUCUCACCUCCGCGGACCAUAACGACGCGUACGAACCGAGACAAAACCGGACCGGGCCGUUUUGCAAGGACCGAGCGUUGGUCUUUCCCUGGGUUUUAGCGCUGCGGAAUUCUCAGCAUUGGCGACCGUUGGCACACCGUUACAGACGGCUCGUGCUUUAGGGCGAAAGGCAAACUUCAAGUUCCUGAGCACGUUUUGUUCGGAGCAUCCCCGGG